AUAUUUAAACACUCUGUAGAAUAUAUAAGAAUUAGAAUUGGAAAAUAUUGUUUCAUUUCAGGGUUAGGGUUUCACUGUAACUGUGCAAAAUGGGAGAACGAAAGCGACUCCCUCUGGGGAUCUUUGCGGUGCUCCUCUUGAUUUCUACCUCUUCAUUCCAGCUUCUCUACGCUUCCGAUGAUGCCGAUGACGCGAUCUUCUACGAGUCAUUUGACGAGACUUUUGAAGGCCGUUGGAUUGUGUCUCAGAAAGAUGACUACAAUGGUAUUUGGAAACAUGCUAAGAGUGAGGGGCAUGAUGAUUAUGGGCUUCUUGUCAGUGAGAAAGCAAGGAAGUAUGCUAUAGUUAAAGAACUUGAUGAGAACGUGAAUCUCAAGGCUGAAACAGUUGUUCUUCAGUUUGAAACUCGCCUUCAGAAUGGCCUUGAAUGUGGUGGUGCAUAUAUAAAAUAUCUUCGUCCACAGGAGGCUGGAUGGAAACCCAAGGAAUUUGACAAUGAAUCUCCAUAUUCUAUCAUGUUUGGUCCUGAUAAGUGUGGUGCAACGAACAAAGUACACUUCAUUUUCAAGCACAAGAAUCCCAAGAGUGGGGAGUAUGUUGAACACCAUCUCAAGUAUCCCCCUUCUGUUCCAUCUGACAAACUAUCUCAUGUGUACACUGCCAUUUUAAAGCCUGACAAUGAGUUGGAAAUUUUGAUUGAUGGGGAACAGAAGAAAAAGGGGAAUUUCUUAUCUGCCGAGGAUUUUGAGCCUCCUCUUAUCCCUCCCAAGACAAUCCCAGAUCCUGAUGAUAAGAAACCUGAAGACUGGGAUGAGAGAGAGAAAAUUCCAGACCCAAGUGCAGUAAAGCCAGAUGACUGGGAUGAGGAUGCACCCUUAGAAAUUGUUGAUGAAGAAGCUGAGAAACCUGAAGGAUGGUUAGAUGAUGAACCUGAGGAGAUAGAUGAUCCAGAGGCAACCAAACCAGAAGAUUGGGACGAUGAAGAAGAUGGUGAAUGGGAAGCCCCAAAGAUUGAUAACCCAAAAUGUGAAGCAGCCCCUGGAUGUGGGGAGUGGAAGAGGCCAAUGAAGAGGAAUCCGGCUUAUAAAGGAAAGUGGCAUGCACCACUUAUUGAAAAUCCUGCUUAUAAGGGUAUCUGGAAGCCUCGGGAUAUUCCAAACCCUGACUACUUCGAACUUGAAAAACCUGAUUUUGAACCUAUUGCUGCUAUUGGUAUUGAGAUUUGGACAAUGCAAGAUGGCAUAUUGUUUGACAAUAUCUUGAUAGCUAAAGAUGACAGAAUUGCUGCGUCAUAUCGGGAGACUACAUGGAAGCCCAAGUUUACCAUUGAGAAGGAAAAGCAGAAGGAAGAAGAUUUAGAUGCAGGAUCAAGUGGUCUUGCUGGCUUCCAGAAGAAGAUAUUUGACUUGUUAUACAAGAUCGCAGACAUUCCCUUCCUGAGUGCCUACAAGCUUAAAAUUUACGAUCUAAUUGAGAAGGGUGAAAAGCAGCCAAAUCUCACUGUUGGAAUUCUUGUAGCCGUUGUGGUUAUCUUCUUGACUAUUUUCUUCAGGCUCUUAUUUGGUGGGAAGAAGCCCGCAAGGGUGGAGAAGACAAACGUUGAACCCGCAGAAACUGUCACUAACCAAAGCAGUGUUGAGAAUGAAGAAAAAGAGGAAUCAUCUGCCGCUGCCCCUCCACGUCGGAGGACAACAAGGCGAGAUAAUUGAAAUGAUUGAAACUUGCAGGGGCGGCCGAUAAAGAACAUUACCGCACAUAAAUUUUGAGCAUAGUUGGACAUUAGGCCAAUUUCAGUAGUAGCACUUGGUUGUUAUUUUUCUCCUUCGCCUUUUUAGAAAGAUGGUGGUAUGCACGAGUGUAAAUCAGAUAUUUUGCGUCCUGCUGGUGGUGGCUUUGGAAACUCGAGUAUUUUAAGCUAAAUGAGGUUGUACGAUUAUUUUUCCUGGUUUUUUUUUUCCAGUAGUGUAGCACAGAAAUCAAUUCACCUAAGCUAUAUUCUCGUCGUUAAACUAAAUCCCGAUUGAAUCAUGAGUUAUAUGCGUGAUUCUACAUAAAGAAUAGGUGGGCAACCUACAGCAGUCAGUCAAGUCAGUCCAUACUUCACUAUUAAUUAACUUUUGAAAAUGUUAUGUAUGACUAGAUUUACUUUCAACUGUGCACGUCAAUCAUUUAUAAGUGGUGCGAAGUUUAUUUUGAGAGUAGAACAUUUACCUUAAAACAUGUUUACAUCUUUUGAAUAUUUAUAAAUGUUAAAUUUUAUUAUAGAAAGAGUAUUAUUACAU